AUGGCUCUCGAACCUACAACGCCCCUCACCCCACGCCAAUCCAAAGUCGUCGGCGCCCUGCUCGGCCUCCACGCCGGCGACUCCCUUGGCGCCAGUGUCGAAUUCAAAUGCCACACCCAAAUCCACACCCAAUAUCCCAACGGCCUGCGUGACAUCAUAGGCGGCGGGCUCCUCUCCUGGCCCGUCGGCCAUGCCACCGACGACACGGACAUGACGCGCGCCGUGCUCCUCGCAUACCGUGAGCUCCAUGACAACCCGCUCCAAGAUGUCGCCAUCCUCGCGGGGAAGCAUUUCCUAAACUGGUACAGGGGUGAUUGGCCUGGGAGGAAACCCGGCUCGCGGCCUAGAGAUGUUGGAUUGGCCACAAGAGCAGGACUACACAAGUUCUCAAAGACGCUUGAUCCUGAAAAGGCUGGUGCGGGGGAAGGAAAGGCAGGGAACGGUAGUUUGAUGCGAUGUCUAGCAACGGGAUUGUUUCAGAGCGAUCCAGAUAAGUUGGUCAAGGAGAGCAUGCGAAUAAGCAUGAUUACGCAUGAUGACGAGCGGUGUACGAUUUCGUGUGCAGUAUAUAACCACAUCGUCGCGGCUUUAAUACGAGACACAAGUCCAGAAAGUGCAGUUGACGCCGGGGAAAUAUUGGCGGAGAGGCUGGAAAAUAAGAAAGACGGGGAUGUGUGGAAGGCCGUGAGACUUGGGAGGAAGCUGUCGAUUGCGCGGAUGGCGAGGGAUGGUCCCGACUUGGGCGAAAUGAAGGGAGCGUGUAGUGGGUUUGUGCUGGAGACGUUGGCGUUGGCGAUAGCUGCGGUAUUGGAUAAGAGGUCCUUGGAGGAUGUGCUGGUCGACGUGGUGAGGAUAGGCAACGAUACUGAUACGAAUGGAGCCGUGGCGGGAGGGCUAUUGGGCGCGAGGGAUGGUGUUGACGGCGUGCCGGAGAGGUGGAAGGCGAAGCUGCAGUUUGGGGACGAGUUUAUGAGGAUUGGGGUUGAGUUGACGCCGGAAUAA